AUGAAGCCUGGCGGCCUUAUCAACGCAUAUGGCCUGGUAGUCGCGUGGCAAGCGACUGAUAGUACCAAUCCUGCUGCUGCCACUGCCACUACCACUGCCACCACGGACACAAACCACACAACCACAUCAGCUUCGAAAUCAACAUCAGAUGAUCGUGCAUCAGGUUUAUCUGCGGGCGCCAAGGCUGGAAUUGGUAUUGGUGUAUCUGUUGGAGCUAUUAUGGUCUUAGCCUUACUUGCUUUCCGCAUCUUGCGACGGCGAAAGCGACAAGGCGCCUCGUCUGCACCCGGGCCUCGAACAGUUCCAGCAAAUCAAAAGCAUCCGACUGAGCUUGACUCCGCUCUAACGCGAGGCUAUGAGCUAGGUUCUAUCCCUCUUCAUGAAGCUGAUAGUCUGAAAAAUGGUCCAUAUGAACCUCUAUCCCACAGUCCGGUUGAGCUUGAAGGGGCUCACAGUGAACGUGAUAGGCUUUGA